CGUCGCGUUAUUCGCGUCCACUCCAGUCAGACGUGUCAAAAGCGGCCGCGGAAGUAUCAGCUUUCAGUUCAACAUGGCUUCAAGUGUGACGAGCUGAGAAAAACAGGGCUAUUUUCUGUCUCACCACUCACAAGGCGUCAAACGAGGGAAAAGACUUUGGAAAUAUAUUCAAGAGCUGGUUUUAAUCAAGUCAUGGUGAGAAGACGUUGACAGGAUUGCUCAGGUUUAAAAAGUGUGGGCUUCGGCCGUCAUGUACUAAACUGCAGUCUGAUGCCAUCGCUCUCCAUUCCGCCUGCCAUGGACGGGCACAGCUUUUCACAUUUAGACGGACAUCAGCUGGAUGCUGGGGGGUUUAUCCUGGCACCCCCUAUGAGCCACGUGUUUGCCAACAACCCUUGGAGCUUCUCCCAUCAGACCUACAGCUUGCCAUGUACCGUGCAAUCUGAAAACCAGCAGCAGCUCAUCAACGGCCCAUUGGACAUGCCCACGGAUUUGUUUCCCAAUGGUCUCAGUGACUUUGACUUCCCUGGUCUGAAUCUCUCUCGGAAUGACGACCUCCCUCCGGACCUCUCUGGUCUGGAUGAUCUGUCGAUCUUCUCCCCUCCGACCGACUCUUUAUCUGAAUACACAGUUAACAGCUUAAUCAACACUGACAUGCCUCCCAAUGUGCCCACGAUAUGGGACAUCAAAACAUCACCAGCAUCAGUCCCAGAGUUGAAUUCCAACAGGUUUCAAGGUUUAAACUCGUUGGAUGACAUCACUGCUAUCAUUAAUACACCACCCAUUGGAGGUUAUCAGAGACCCCGAGCACAGCCAGAAGAGGAAGAGGAAAUCGAAGUGGAGGAGGCAGAAGAGUUAGGCCAUGUUGACACCUUUGCAGUCUACAGGCCCUCUAAAUCCAAGAUAGGAAUACCCCAUCCAGACCGAGUGGUGGAGACCAACACUUUAUCCAGUGUACCUCCUCCAGAAAUCACCUACACCCUGUCCAUCCCAGAGCCCACCAUCAACAGAGGCAUGCUGUCUGCCUUGCAGCUGGAGGCCAUUAUUUACGCCUGCCAGCAACAUGAAGUGAUUCUGCAGAACAACCAGCGGGCCGGCUUCCUCAUAGGGGAUGGCGCUGGAGUUGGCAAAGGCCGCACAGUGGCUGGCAUCAUUCUAGAAAACUACUUAAAGGGAAGGAAGAAAUCCCUAUGGUUCAGCGUCUCCAAUGACCUGAAAUAUGACGCAGAGAGAGAUCUCCAAGACAUCCAUGCACCCAAUAUAAAAGUGCAUGCCUUGAAUAAGAUAAAGUAUGGAGACACAGCUACCUCAGAAGGAGUCCUGUUUGCCACCUACGCAGCACUAAUUGGGGAGAGUCAGGCAGGUGGCCAACACCGAACGCGUCUGAAGCAGAUCCUAGACUGGUGUGAGCCAGAUUUUGAUGGAGUUAUCAUAUUUGACGAAUGCCACAAAGCCAAAAAUGCAACAUCCACAAAGAUGGGUAAGGCCGUGCUGGAUCUGCAGAACAAGUUGCCAUUGGCCAGAGUGGUGUACGCCAGUGCCACAGGUGCCUCGGAGCCAAAGAACAUGAUCUAUAUGAGCCGUCUGGGGAUCUGGGGAGAGGGAACCCCCUUCAGAACCUUUGACGACUUCCUCCACAACAUUGAGAAGAGGGGCGUGGGAGCCAUGGAGAUUGUCGCAAUGGAUAUGAAGGUCAGCGGGAUGUACAUUGCACGCCAACUCAGCUUCUCAGGAGUCUCAUUCCGUAUAGAAGAAAUCAGCUUGGAUGAUGAUUUCAAACUUGUGUACAACAAAGCUGCUAAACUUUGGGCGGAAGCUUUAGUCGUAUUUAUGCAGGCCGCUGACGAGCUCUGCAUGAGCUCCAGGAAAUCCCUGUGGGGUCAGUUUUGGUCAUCCCACCAGCGUUUCUUUAAAUACCUCUGUAUCGCUGCCAAGGUGCGCUGCCUGGUGGAACUGGCCAAAAAAGAGUUGGAAGCAGGGAAGUGUGUCGUGAUAGGGCUACAGUCAACAGGUGAGGCUCGAACCAGAGAAGUCCUUGACGAAAACGACGGACACUUGGACAGAUUUGUGUCUGCUGCCGAGGGUGUGUUUCAGUCUCUGGUCCUCAAACACUUUCCGUCAGAGAAGCAGAGAAGAGAAAAGGGAGCGGGGAACAAGAGGAAACGUAAGCCACGGGGACGGCAACAGCCAAAGCAAGCCCGACAGAGUACUGAUGUAACGGGAGUGAUCAACAUCAGUGAUGACAGCAGCACGGAGUCUGACGCCAUGGACAGCGACUCCAACUCCUCGCCAGACUCAGUCCAAGACAACACUGAUGAUGUCAUCUUCGUCAAUCAAACCAGCUACCAAAUGGCACGGUUAGAGGAGAUGAAACAAGGGCUUCUCAACAAGAUCGCUGAGCUGGGAAAAGAACUACCACUUAACACACUGGAUGAGCUCAUUGAUAAAUUUGGAGGUCCAGAACAAGUAUCAGAGAUGACGGGACGUAAAGGCAGAGUGGUGCGUCGGUCUGAUGGCAGCGUCCAAUAUGAGUCUCGUGCUGAGCAGGGCCACACUAUAGACCAAAUCAACAUCAAAGAGAAAGAUCGCUUCAUGAAUGGAGAGAAGUUGGUAGCCAUUAUAUCAGAAGCGGCAAGUUCUGGGAUCUCACUUCAGGCUGACAGAAGGGUGCAGAAUCAGCGUCGGAGGGUUCACAUUACCCUGGAGCUGCCUUGGAGUGCGGACAGGGCAAUCCAGCAGUUUGGUCGUACUCAUCGUUCCAACCAGGUCACAGCACCAGAGUACAUAUUCCUAAUCUCUGAACUGGCAGGCGAGCGACGAUUUGCAUCCAUCGUGGCAAAGAGGCUGGAGAGCCUGGGAGCACUAACUCAUGGUGACAGGAGGGCCACAGAGUCUAGAGACCUGAGCAAAUACAACUUUGAAAAUAAAUAUGGCACCAAAGCUCUAGAUAAGAUUACCAAAGCCAUCCUUGGUCAGAUUGAAAGCAAGGUACCCCCUCCAAAUUACUAUCCAGGUGGCGACGCCAUGUUCUUCACAGACAUGAAGCACGGUAUGAUGGACGUAGGCAUGCUAUGCAGUCAAUCCCGCUUGGGCAUCAACAUUGAAAAAGACUGCAAUAUCACCAAGUUCCUCAACCGGAUACUGGGCCUGGAGGUGCACAAACAGAACUCCCUCUUUCAGUAUUUUACAGACAAUUUCGACUACUUGAUCGAAAAGGACAAGAAAGAAGGCAAAUAUGAUAUGGGGAUACUGGAUCUGGCGCCAGGCAAUGACCAGAUUUAUGAGGAAACACAGGAGAAGUUUCUGACGGCAGGAAACCCUCAAGAUGGUCAAGUUAUCCUAUAUAAGAUAAGUGUAGAUAGAGGUAUGACAUGGUUGGAGGCUCUCCAGAAGGCCCAAACUCUCAGCAACCCGGAAGAAGGCUUCUAUUUAUCCCAUAAACUGAGAGGUAACUACCCAUGCGUGCUGCUAGCCGUGCAGGGCCAGGAGCGCAACAUGAUCAUCUACAAACCAAACAUUGGCAAGCAGGCCCAAACGGAAAGCCUUGAUAACCUCCAACAAAAAUACCACAAGGUCACUCCGGAGGAGGCACAAGAUAGCUGGGAAAACCAGUUCACUUUCUCCUUCAGGAAAUGUAGCCAUGCUAACUGGAACGGGAGGUGUAAGAAGGUAGAGGAGGGUCAGGAGUGCUUAAUGGGUACUCGAUUGCGUCAGUAUCACAUGUUGUGUGGCGCUCUGCUCCGCGUUUGGAAGCGUGUGUCUGAUGUGGUCGCUGACAUCACCAAUUCCAGCAUUCUCCAAAUUGUCCGCCUCAAAACCAAAGACAGCAGCAAACAAGUUGGUAUUAAAAUCCCAGAGAACUGCGUGUCAAAGGUACGUCAGGAGUUGGCAAAGAUGGAUGCAGAGGUGAAGCAGCGCCAUCAAGAGAAGGAGCAGCAAGCUCAGGAGCAGCAAGCUCAGGAGCAGCGUCAGGCUGAGGAGCAACAGAGGCUGAUGGCACAGCGUCAGCAGCAAGAGUUUUUCUCCCAAAAUUUGUUUACCUCAUCUAUGCCAAAUCCCAGCCUUGCCAGCUUAACCGCUCGUUACAUCCCCUUCCUCUCGUUGCCUUCCAUAAAAUACCCUUUGGAAGAAAUCCUUGACUUGACGAUUCAGAGAUCCUCGCCAUCCUCCCAAGUUAGCACUCAAGCUGACCUGGGUGUAGACAACCUCUCCAGGCAACCCGAACCUAUGGUGGACAACUUAAACCUUGAAGUGUUUAUUCAAGAGCAGCAGCAGCAACAACCACAGCAGGAGAGCCAGGCCACACAGGAAAGCAGUUCAGCACGGGACACAGAACUGUUAAACAUGAUACUGUCUUUGAACUCAUUUAUAACACCCCCUAGUCAGACUACUCCUGCCUCUUCCUCCUCAGAUGCACCUUUGUCGGUACCCAUGGUCUUGUCAAAUUCCUUCUCUUCUUCCUUGUCCAACUUCACUCGCUCACUUACACCACCUUCAUCAUCUUCCUUGACGUCGCGCAUCUCUCUCUCCCCUACGGACCAGCAGAUGCUCCCAGUACCCAACAGCCACUGCAGCUCUGAAGCCAUCAUAGACGUACGAGAGGUGUUGAACAGCAUGCUGCAAGGUGGAACAGAAUCACGGCAGUCCGUCAUUAAGUACCCACAACCCGAGUGAGAUCCUUCCAAUUGGACUCUCCUUUACACGUGCACACACUCAGGGCUGUAGUCUGACCACUGCCGGGAUCCUGCUCCGCCACUGCCCUCGGUUCCACAAGCAUGAGAUUCUGCUUCAUAAGAUGGGAGGAAGUCUGGUGUUCGCUCGAGUAUGAUACCUAAAUACUUUGUCUCCAUACUAUGGAUAGAUACCGACGUUGUCACCCCAGUUUAAACAUCCUGAGGCUGUAAAG